GUGUGACAGCAGCGUUCCCUCAGUGCGUAGUGGAGAGACAGGUCUGUGCGCUGACACUCACUCCUGCGGGCUGAUGCGCUCUGGAGCUGCAAACAGGACACUCUGGGAAACGUGUGCCGCUCAAUCAUGCUUUGAAGACUCGCGUCUCUGCGCUACACGUGUUAAAUCGCAUAACUGCGUAUCCCUCUGCAUCUCAGAACCCUCCACGCGCUCGAGCAUUCGUGCAAACCAUGGAUUCUCUUGCCAAUGACACGGACGGACUGGAGAACUCUCUCAAGUACUCCAAGUGUGAUCAGACAGAGAAGAUGUGGAUUAGGCUGAAAGGAAUGCAGAAGUACAAAAACACAUCUCAAAGAUUGAGAUGUCUGGUGAAGCAGCUGGAUAAAGGAGAGGUGAAUGUCGUAGAUCUGAGGAAAAACAUUGAAUAUGCCGCAUCAGUUUUGGAGGCCGUGUACAUCGAUGAAACAAGGAGGCUUCUGGACACUGAAGAUGAGCUCAGUGACAUCCAGGCGGACUCUGUGCCCAUGGAGGUGCGGGACUGGCUGGCCUCCACCUUUACCAGGAAGAUGGGAGUGGUGCGCAGGCGGCCCGAAGAGAAACCCCGGUUUCGCAGCAUCGUCCAUGCCGUUCAGGCUGGCAUCUUUGUGGAACGAAUGUACAGAAGAACAUCCAACAUGGCAGGGUUGACCUAUCCGCCAUCUGUAAUUACAGCUCUAAAGGAUGUUGAUAAAUGGUCGUUUGACGUCUUCAAGCUCCAGGAGGCAAGCAGUGAACACGCUCUGAAAUUUCUGGUCUAUGAACUCCUCACCAGAUAUGACCUGAUCAGCCGCUUCAGGAUACCAGUGUCCUCAUUGGUGUCUUUUGUGGAAGCUCUGGAAAUCGGCUACAGCAAACACAGAAACCCUUAUCAUAACCUGAUCCACGCGGCUGAUGUCACACAGACGGCACAUUAUCUGAUGCUGCACACUGGCGUUAUGCACUGGCUCACUGAACUGGAAAUAUUGGCCAUGGUGUUUGCUGCUGCUAUUCACGACUUUGAACACACUGGAACAACCAAUAACUUCCACAUCCAGACCAGAUCAGAAGUGGCCAUCCUGUACAAUGACCGCUCUGUUCUGGAAAACCAUCAUGUGAGCGCAGCCUACAGACUCAUGCAGGAGGACGAGAUGAACAUCCUGGUCAACCUCUCCAAAGAUGACUGGAGGGAGCUGCGCACGCUGGUCAUUGAGAUGGUCAUGAGUACUGAUAUGUCCUGCCAUUUCCAGCAGAUCAAGACCAUGAGGAACUCUCUGCAGCAGCCUGAGGGAAUAGACAAGGCUAAAGCGCUGUCUCUGAUGCUGCACGCGGCGGAUAUCAGUCAUCCUGCGAAGGGCUGGAAGCUGCACUACCGCUGGACUCAAGCCCUCAUGGAGGAGUUCUUCAGACAGGGGGACAAAGAAGCAGAACUAGGACUGCCUUUCUCUCCGCUCUGUGACCGCAAAGCCACCAUGAUCGCCCAGUCUCAGAUAGGAUUCAUUGAUUUUAUUGUGGAGCCCACAUUCUCUGUCCUGGUCGACACCACAGAGAAGAUCAUUAGUCCUCUCAUAGAGGAAGCUGUCAAAUCUGGAGGAGUGCGCAGGUCCAGUUUGACUGGUCGGGGAUCAGCAGCAGUGGUGGAGUCUGUUCAGAGACACAGUGACCGCGGAUCUAAUGAUGAGCGUGGAGGAAGCACAGAUUAUUCACUGUGUGGCAUCGACCAGAAACACGUCCGACAUCUGCUCUCUGAAAUCAUCCAGAACAACAAGGAGCGCUGGAAAGAGCUGUCUGUUCAAGAAUUGGCCAACAAGCAGCAUGAGAGGAUGUCAGACCUUCAGGAGGAGCCCAUGAGGAGCACGCAGCUCACCCUGUCCCAAGAGAAUCACGACUCUGAGUCCAAAUCCCUCAAUGAACUCAACAAUACAGACUCCACACACUCGUCCCAGGACUCUCUGGACCAGAGCUCUCAGUCCCCGACGGAGGGAGCCGGAGAUGCUUCCCCAGAGGAGCACAGCUCAGAAACGCUGCCCUGGAACGGCAAGAGCGCCUGAAUCUUUGCAGUCACAAAUGGGACGAUGUACAUAGCAUUGUCCUCAUUGUAUUGUACCGUUAUUAUACUCUCUGGCUGGAGGCGGAUGUGAGGAUUCCUACAGAGAGAUGAUGAUGAUGAUGAUGAUGUGCAGUGUUGUAAUGGCCGCUGUGUUAUAGCUGGAGACUUUCAGGAGGAUUCGAGCCUCUGAAAACGCAACGCUGCCUAUAGUGCCCUCAGCUAAUAUCGACUCCCUUGGUGAAUAUAAGAGAAGGCUGUGGAAAAACACGUGAAAUUUAAAUGUUUUUUUUAGAUGUAAGUAUCAGUAUCCUAAAGAUAUAAAUAAGCUUGUGUGGUACAAAAAAAAUUACAUUUUAGAAGAUAUAAACAUUUAAAGCCUGCACCCUGAAAAUAUGGUUACUGGAUUUACUAAAUGAUUUUUCAGUUAAGUGGUUGCAAACAAUUUAUGUGGGCUGAAUUUAAACAAACUAAUUAAAUUUAGCAAUGUUUAACCUAAUUAAUUUGUUUAAAUUCAGCCCAUUUCAAUUGUUUGCAACAACUUGCCUUGGAAACAUUGGUAAAUGUCAUACGUCACCUCAUACUUUAGUUUCUCGUCAAAUCUUCUGACCAAUCAAAUGCAUCUGCCAUGCCCCGCCCCCUUCAAGACACUUCUCGUUUGCUUUUCAUUUGAUGUGCUUGAGCUUAACCACUCUCAUUGGCAGAGCUGAGAUAAAACAACAAGUUAUUGGCUCAUUUUUAAAAAGGGGUGGAGCUACUCUGUCCCACCCUCUUUUCGUGUUUCAGUUAGGAUUACGUCAAACAUCAAAUAAAAAAAUGCACGUUUUAACAUUUCACAUUGCUGUUGCUAAAAUAUACGUCUAAAAGCUGCACUCUUUUCUCAAAAGGGGAGGGAAGAAGUAGCUCAUUUGCAUUUAAAGAAACACACGCACAACAGCAUAUUUUUAAGCUAAAAUAGGCAUUUGUUGAUGAGUUGUAAAUAUUACAUCAUAAGAUGACUACUUUAAAGUAGGAAAAUGCUCUACAAUGAAAAAAGUCAUCUAAUAUAAAUUAUGUUAAACAAAUGUAUUUGACCACUAAGUCAACCUAGGGACACAUCUAUUUAUACAGGGUUCCCACUCUGAGCUAAAUGUUAAAUUUCCUGACUUUCUAUUGAGUAAAAAGUGGAAUUUCAUGAUCUAUAAUGAACAA